AUGUCCCAGAAUCAAGAGUAUAGCGAAGCUUUCAACAAGGGCCUCAAAGUCCGUGGAGAGGUUCUGGGCGAAGAAUACGUCUCCAAAGCAGUUGCCAGCUUGGAUAAUGAAUACUGGAAGCCAGCCCAGGAACUCAUCACAGAAUAUGCCUGGGGCAACGUGUGGACUCGUCCCGGUCUUGAUAGGAAACAGAGGAGUCUGCUGACUUUGGCCUUUUUGACGGCGCAAAAGGCGUGGCCAGAGUUAACUCUCCAUACCAAGGGGGCACUGCGAAAUGGAUUGACGGAGAUUGAAAUCAGGGAAGCCAUUUUGCAGUCUAUGAUUUAUCUUGGAGCUCCUGUUGGGCUGGAAGCUAUGAGGGUCACUGAGAAGGCUAUACUCCAGUUCAAGGCGGAGACAGGUGGAGAGACGAGUGAAGCCAGUGGUUCGAAAGGCAGGGCUGACGAAUAA